AUGCAGAGUGUGCAGCGGCAUUUUGGCAGGUAUAUGAAACGCAGUGCAGACGAGAAACAAGUCUCAGUGCUGCUCAAGGACUUUGAAGAGGCCGACCACUUACUCACCCGCAUUGUCGAAUCGUCCAAAGCCUGGAAGGAGGCCUGGAUUGCUAUUCUGACACAUCAGUCACGCAUCCUCGUCGAACUCGAGUCGCUCUAUCACCCCAUACUAGGCGCUGGUGCCGACUAUCAUGGCCACCAAGCAGUCGAAACAGAUCCAGAGACCUUGGCGAGGACGGCACGCUACAAGGCGGAAAGCGAAGAGUUGAAGACAGACCUGGCCGAAGACUUGUCCCAGGUUGACAAGCGCAUGAUACAGGUGGCACAGUCCGCCAAAGACAGCCUACAGACCAUGAAGAAGACGAUCAAGAAGAGAGAAGACCGCAAACUCGACUACGAGAGAUACUCAUCACGGGUUGACAGCGGCUCCAAGAAAUCAAAGCCUUCCGAUCGCGAGCAGAUAGCGCUCAACAAGAAUCAGGCAGACCUUCAUGCUGCCACCGAAGCGUACAGCAGUGCGGACGAGCAUCUACGGCAAGUCCUGCCACCCAUAUUGGCCGCCGUCUUCUCCCUACUGCCGCAUAUCCUGGCCGCUCAGAUCGAGAUACAAAAUACCCUACUGGGACACUACUACACCUCGAUACACACCUACUGCACACAAGAAGGCUUCCCAAACCCUGCUCCAGCCAUGGACGAAGUCGUACGGAUAUGGUCAGAUGACUUCUUGCCAGUCCAGAAAGAGGUCGAGUCCCUAAUGCUAAUCGCCAGCGGCAAAGCCGUACGCAUGCCAAUGAACCAGGAGAAGCAAAAUGGCUACACAAACGGCAACAGACGACCAAGCGCCCACUCUGCUCUGUCUGGCCGGAACCCAUCACCCUCGCCCGCUCGAGCCCUACCUCCAUCGCCAGACUUCGGCAACAAAGCCAAGAUCUCCUCAUCUCCCUCGCCUUCAAGCUACAUGCUCUCGCCCGCAGAACAGCCACCACCGCCUAUGCCUUCACCUGGUGCUGCGUCCGCAUACCAGACACCCCUCUCCACGGGCGUCGCAACCUUCUCCCCAGCAGGGCCAAACAUGGACUACUUCUCCCGCGACCGUCAGACCUCAACCACCUCCGCCGGCGGCCACACCCUCACAACCCCCUCCUCAAUGUCGAGUCUGGCCUCAGCAACCUCGACCCUGCCCAUCGGUAAGAAGAAGCCGCCCCCUCCUCCACCACGGAUGCCAAGCACCAGCAACUGGAUUUUCGUGACGGCACUGUAUGACUUUAGUGGUCAGGGCGACGGUGACUUAGUGUUCAGGGAGGGUGAUAAGAUCAGGGUACUCAAGCAGACGGACAGCAAGGACGAUUGGUGGCAAGGCGAAUUGAAAGGAGUCAAGGGCGCGUUUCCGGCCAAUUACUCAAGCAUGCCAGCCUCGGAGUGCAUCAAAGUCGAGAUUCUGGUCAACGGAGAGCCGCUCGAGGAGUAUCCUGACACUGAGAUCAGAGAUCACCCAAGCAGCUACGUUCAAGCAGUGUCCGGUCAAGAGUAUUCCAUCAGAGUGACGCUGCUGAAAGGAUUCAGCAGAGACGGUGCACAAAACAUCUGCAUCACACUCGCUGUCGAUGGCUGGUCGUGCAACAACAAGCAUUGGUUCAACAGUGUUGCGGCACUAUCCUGCCCAGCUUCCGUUCUAGACACAGAUGUGAAGUUCAAGGCCAUUAAAAGCGUCCCAGGACUCGACAAAAGUACUGGACAAUGGAAGGACUAUGCAUUUACGUUCAGCGAUCUCCGCCAAAAUGACGACGGAAAGGUUCCCGAUGGUUUCAUCCGCGGCACACUUCAGCAUCUUGGCUCCGUUGGAGUUACUGUCUUUCGCGUCGGCGUGCUCGAGAGGACCUCCUUGCCGGCGGAUACUUGGGACCUGCCUAACACACUCGACUCGGUCCCGGAGAAGGUCUUGAAAGGCGCAGACAUUCAUACAACUACCAGCUAUACGCCCAAGGGAAUCCGAGACGGCACCAACGGCCGGGCUGUCGAGGUGAGGAUGACGAAGAUGACGCCCUUGCCCGAAGGUCAAGGCCGCAAACACAACUUCACCUUCUUUUACCGCAGCAAAGCUGCCCUCCAGCGUCUCGACAUUCUUCCACCCGAUGGCAUGCCGCCCCCUGAUCCAGUAGCAACAGCUCCGGCAGAGCGGGUCGGACCGACCAUGGCACAGCCGGAUGUCGACGACAUCAAAGCCCAGAUCGAACGGUUAGAGGCACUCCUUCCAGACGUUGAAGAUAUCAAAGCCCAGGUCAAGCAGUUGAAGGCACGACUUCCAGGGGCGCGCAUCAAGACUGAGGAUCGAAAGCGACCUGGUCAUGAGUACGAUAGCGGAGACAAUGGCACUGAUGUCGAAGAGGUUGGGCCACCUGCCAAAAAGCGCGGUCCUACGAUUGAGCUCAGUGAUGACGAUGCCUAG